AUGAGACACUUGUGCGUCCUUUUAUACUUGGUGUACUUUCUCGUUCAAUUGUCUUUCUUUACACUGCCAUUAGCCACAGGCAAAAUGGGAUCUCAUCUUGCAAACGCAACUUGUAAACAUAACGAAUUUUACAUAAAUGGGAGCCUAAUUUUUUCGGGUUUGUUCCAUAUACAUUACGCUCCGCAGAACACCAGCACAUCAAAGCAGUGCCAAGGGAAGUUCAACACCCGUGGCUUCGAGGAAGCCCUGGCCAUGUUGUAUGCUAUUAAGCGAAUCAACAACGACUCGAGGAUUCUUCCUGGUAUCACCAUUGGUGCAGACAUUAAGGACACAUGUAGCAGCGUUGAAUUUGCGAUCAGGAAGUGUUUGAAUUUUAGUUUUAUCAGGAAUAACAUGGAGGAUACGAUGUGCGAGAAAAAACAAGACCCAGAUGUCGUUCACAAUCCGAGAACAGUCGCCAUCGUUGGUCUGGGCUCCACCGAUGUGGCAAUGGCGGUUGCCAAUCUCGCAGGCCUGUUUUAUGUCCCUGUUGUGAGCUAUUCCUCUUCGAGUAGACUCCUUAGCAAUAGAAUUCGUUUCAAAUAUUUCCUUCGCACGGUUUCUUCCGACACCCUGAUGGCAAGAGCUGUCAUCGAUUUCUUACGUGAGUUAAAUUGGAAUUUUGUCCACGUUUUGUAUUCAGACACAGACUAUGGGCGAUCUGCAUUCGAGACUUUUGAUCAUGUUCUCUCAGCUUCCACUGGCACGAAAAUUUGUCUGGCAGUGAAAAGAACAUUUACACAACAUGCAAACUCUCACGAAAUCGUGGCUUUCCUCACGGAAAUGCAAGAGAAGCAAAACGCGAAAGCUAAAGUGGUGCUUCUUUUUACGACAAUCGGAGACACAGAGUUUAUCUUGAGCCAUUUCAAAAAACUCAACAUGAAGGAUUAUGUUUUUAUUGCAACCGACCAUUAUGCUGGACGUAUAAACAGGUUUAACAGUUCACCCCAAAUGUUGCGACGCAUUGUUGGCGUAACACCACGUAAGGGAAACACAAAAGGCUUCGAAAACUUUUUUCAAAAGAUAUUAAAAACAGGGAAACUGAGCCAAUGUCCAUGGUUUCACGAGUUUAAACAACAUUAUUUGAACCUCUCUGUAGAAAUAUCCACGUAUGUUCCCUAUGUUAUUGAUGCGGUGUAUGCAACGGCCUAUGGUCUACACAACCUUUUGAAUUGCACACGAGAGAAAAGCUGCCAAUAUUCCGCCGACGAAUUUCCGAGUUUGAGCAGGUAAACAGUGAAGAGAUCUUUGAAGUUUUUGACUUCAGAUAUUAUGCGGGAAUACCUAGAAUUAGUCAUCCUAGCUUGUGGGUAAGUGCUGGGACUGGCUCAUAAUCAACUGAGGGAAAGUGUGUUACUUGGUAAAACAACAGGAUCAGUUAGCCUCGAUUUUAAAAUGAUUUUCACUUAAGAGAAAACAUUUCCAUAUUUUUUUCCGGUUGGUAACCCGUGACAUUUUAAAUUGUGUGCGCGUUAGUCCGCUGUUUAAGUUUAUUCAGUCAAAAUGAUUUAGUUAUCGAAAGAAAAUAUGCUUUAAAACUUAGAAAUGCCCUAGUCUAUCAUAACGAAAGGAAACUCUUUAAACGAAAGAACUUUACACAUGAGCAUUGAUCACUUCCAAUUGAUAAUUUUUGAAUGGCGAAACUUAAAAACGUUCCUUUGUUUAAAUUACCUGUCUCCGCACUGCUCCGGUCUGGAAUAUUUGCAUGUUAUAAAUGAACGUUGCUUGUUAAUUAACCGAUACCUUCAAUAUUAUAAAAUUUGGUUAAAAAUUCGAAGCGACUUUUGACGAAAUUUUAUAAACAUAGUUUACAACGCGAUACUAUGUAUGCAUUAUUAAGUUUGCCGUGUAGCUGGAAUAUAUUGGCUAGAGCUAUCAAUAGUGCCUGAAACCUUUUUGAGCCAAAAAGCAGCACUAAAACAAUCACACGUUGGAGCCAACUACUCCCUAAGUUCACAUAAUUAAAAUUCUCACAUUAGAAAAACAAAAUGGAAUCUUUAAAGAUGAUAAUAUUGUUUAUUCUGUCGAAUUUCCUUUUUUAUCGCAGGAAAAGAGGUGAACCUUUCCUUUUAAAACCCGUAAGGAAGAGAUUGGAAUAAGGACUGAUUGAGAUAACUUUGGAAAAACAGACAAUGAAUUAAGUUUAAAAAGUAGAGAGCCUUCUAGCGGUGCCGCCACUGCAAACAGCAAUGUGUGAAGAACUUUCUAGUUGGUAUAAUGUUUACCUUUGGGUUGCAUUAAUGCUCAUGAAAAACGUUUCCAUAUCAAUCCUUCAGCUGCCUUUUUUGGACAUUCUGAAUUUACAAACAAACACAGAUCUCAACGAAGUAAUAUAAAUUACAUUCGAAUGUGUUAGCCAAGUUUUUGAAAAAACUCGACAAUAGUUAUGAGCAACUUGUACACAGCUGUAAUGAUAAAACCUGUCUGUGAAUUUAGCUGUGUGAUACGUUUUCCUUUCCAAAUCAUAUGUAAAUUUUAUAGCUUACACAAACAAUGAGCAGCUGUUAUCAUCGCUGACCAAAUAACACUUUAGGGCAACUAAAAUGUAAAAUUUAUUGGUUUUCAUGUUAUUCUCCUGCAGCAAUCAGUUUAGUUGGCGUAUCGCUUUCUUUUGUUCAAAGCGCAAAUUUCCUGACCAUUUGUUGCAGGUUUUAAUCGGUCUGCCAUCGAAAUAAAUUUUCUUUUUACCGAAAACGUCAUCUAGGUAUGUUAAAGAAAAGCGACAGACAAAUUGAUGAUUUGGAAAAGUAAUUGAUUUGAAACGGUUUUAUAAUAAUUCAUGUUUUUCACCAAAGCGACAUUUAUAAUGGGAUAUUAAUUUCGUAAAAUUUUCUAACGCUAUGAAAGACCUUUUUUGAUGUAGUAGCAUUGCCCACAGCACAAAACGUUUGAAAAUCCAAUCGCACUGGUCUUAGGUCUUAGGUCUUAGGUCUUAGGUCUUAGGUCUGGUCUUAGUAAACAGUUCUUUUUAGUAAAAUUUCGCUGUUUCUGAUCGUUUGUGACAGCGAAAGAGAACGUCUUCCAAGGAGCAAGUUGUUAUUCAUCGUCGGGAGACUCGUAAGGUUUUGGCUGUGUCACAAAUUUAACUCACCUGUUUCAUUCCCCCCCUCCUCCUCUAAGGCUUUAUAGCAUUCUCAUGAUCCGUCCUUAUCGGAAGGUAAUUUUGUGAAGUCCCUCCGUUAUAUUCUGUUAGCGACGACCUUUCCCCGGCCAGUUCCCCCUGAAAACCAUACGAUUCCUGCAAAAUCCCACUAAGGCAAUAGAUAAAGACCGAUCCAUUAUUCUCAAUUAUUCGGCAUAUAACUGUUAACUCAACCUUUUAUUGUUGUAGGGACGACGGUUUUCUCAAAAGCAUUCAAAAUGUCAAGUUCCCAGGCUUGUCACGCGAUCAAGUUUCUUUCGACGCUAAUGGCAACGGCUUGGGUGCUUAUGACAUCACGGUGGUCAACACAGAGACGGAACAAUGGGAACCAAUCGGGAGCUGGGUCUCUAAUACGUCCAACGUGCUUGAUCUACCCGUGAAUGUGUCAUUUCUUGACUUGGACUUGACAAAACUGAGAACGUUAUGGAGAAAGGUAUUUAACAGCACCGUUGAGCCCACUUCAUUUUGCGGUCAGCAAUGCCCACCAGGACAUUGGAUGGUUUCAGAUGAACGUUACCAGGUCUGUCAUUCAGUACCAUUUCAACCGGCUUUAGCGUGUUUCAACCAGUUUCAUCGGGCUUUUUGGCAGAGAAGAGAAAGAUAAUGAAAUACUUCAUUCACUUUCUUUUCUGGCUGUUCCCUUCUCAAUUCGAUAUCUUUAUCAUUUGCUGAAUUUGUCUGAUUUUUGUUAUAGCCAAAUCAUUUAUAUGUACAUUUUAUUGGCAGGCCAACAUAACGGAAUUCUUCACACUAUGGUAAAAAAAACCUUUUUUGAUUUCCUUUCUCUCAGAGCUGCUGUUGGAAGUGUGCCCCAUGCUCCACCAAUGAGAUUUCUCACAAUCCUGUGAACGGCUCAUGUAAGCGCUGUCCUCCUCGCUAUUGGCCAAACGCGAACCGCACUGCCUGUUUACCCAUAAUUCCAACUACCGUCAAGCUGAGUGACCCAGCCGGUAUAUCGGUUGGCGUGGUUGCAGCGUUAGGUGGUCUGGGCGUGUUGUCUAUCACGAUUGUUUUCUUUCGCCAUGGUAAUACACACGUGGUCCGUGCGUCCAGCAAAGUCCUUAGCUAUAUCAUGCUUUUUGGAAUAUCUUUGGGUUAUUUGGCGGCUGUUUUGAUUUUGCUGGAAAGAACAAAAACUCUAUGCCAAGUCGUGCUGUUUUUGUUAAGUAUCGGGUUCUGUAUCGUGGUGGGAACAUUACUGAUUAAGACAAAUCGGAUACAUCGGAUAUUUAGUAAAAAUGCAAUGAGGAAAGGUAUGUUAUAUAACUUCCUUUUUCCUUGUCCUUUUUUUCUUCGGUUUAACCUAAUAGGCUUGAUAGUCUUUACAAUAACAUCGAGACAAAUUUGAGAAGGCUGAUUGUUUGUAUCAUGCGCUCCAAAUCCCCUUUAGAUCAGCACCAGUGAGGCUUCGGUAGCUAUUUUCGUGUUUCAAACUUUCUCAGAUCGGCGUGGCUUUUUACUCCUUCUCUUAGCACUUUGUUGUAGGACCGGUUGUUAGAUCGGUGAGUUUAUGAAGCUAAUUGAUUUUCCUUGCACAAUCAGAACCGAGGAGGAGGAUGUAUAGAAAAUACUUUUAAGACUAAAGUACUCAUCAACAGUUUGCCUCAGGAUGGAUACGGUGGGGUACCCACGGCAAAUUGACUUAAAUGACUCCCCCUUGGGUAGAGAUUUUGACAUCUACUCACUGCUUUAGGGUUUGAAAUUUGAUCUAACUACCAUCGUGAAAGAUCACAUGAAACCGAUCUUUGGUCCCUAGGAGUGGAAUUUGACACAUACUGAAUAUGACAUUUGAAUAUCACAUAGAAUUGUUAAAUUUUUCUGGGGCUGCUUAUCUCCCCCUCCUCCAUCCUGGGGCAAACCAUUGAUACAGAUUAUUACAAAUUCAUACUUACCUUUUUUAGAAUACAAAGAGUUCUUUUAUUUGUUACAGGUACCCCACCAUGUUUGAGCGACAGAUGGAUGGUAACCUUCAUAAUCGGCUUUGUUCUCACGGAAACAGUCAUAUGCGUCAUUCUGGUGCUUACCAAUGGUCACCUCACAGAAGUCGUUUAUUCUGACACGAAAAACGAAGCUUUCAUUCAAUGCAAAUUUGCAUCCUUUGCUAAUUACAACAUUGCACUGUGGUGGGGUUUCAAUUGCGGUUUGGUUUUAGUUUGCACGUAUCAAGCCUUCCUCACGAGGAAAGUUCCCGGGAAUUACAACGAAGCGCGCUUCAUAGCUUUUAACAUGAUAACCAUCUCCACAGAUGUGCUGAUGUUUUUCCUUUCCUAUUACGGCACUAAGACGUACUACAAAGACAUUCUUGUAAGUGCUUUUUUGAUCGUGGCAGAUACUGUCACGAUCACGUGUAUGUUUUUACCAAAAGUUUACGUGAUCGUGUUUCGUCCUCAGAAGAACGUGGACUCCAGAUCGACAGUCAGCCUGGGAGCUUUUGAUACUGACGAUGACGAGGGGCAACUCGACAGGAAAAUCAGUAGCAGGUCGAACACGUCAGUGCUAAGUUCUUUGUCAACUCUCAGCGGCAGCCAGGUAGAAACGAGGAAUAACGUAACUUACCACGAAAACAAUCUAGAAAGUAGAAGCAGAAAGAUAUCAUCGGUUCUUACGAACGGUGAUCUCCACAAAUCCUGGAACUCAGAUGGAUGUUGUGAGCGUCCUGAAGUUGAAUCACGUGAUUCAAAUUUGAGCGUGCGCACUGUGCGAUUCGAGGACGAAAUUGAUCCUGAUUUGAUGACAGAUACUCCAACUUUUCACGACAGUUUUCCAGAGCAGUUUGAGUAUCGACGCAGGGAGUCGACUAUCUGA